AUGGUCCUGGACAACAUCACGACAGGUAGUAGCUAUGUUUUACCGGUAGACAACUCGAAGCUAGUUUUCGUUUCUCCCUCGCAGAGAAAUGUUACAUUUGAUUUCGGGACGUUCGACUUUAUCAUUGCUGGGGCAGGAUCGGCAGGCACUCUCUUGGCCAACAGACUGACAGAGAUCAAGAAGUGGAAAGUACUCCUGUUAGAGGCUGGAGGUCCAGAAAAUGACUUCAGUGACAUUCCAGGAAUGACCACAGAACUUUAUUCGACUGACAUGAAUUGGGGCUACUUAAGUACGCCGCAAACAAGGGCCUGUAGAGCAAUGGACCAAUAUCAGUGCGUCUGUCCAAGAGGUAAAGUUCUGGGAGGAAGCAGCACUAUCAACGGAAAACUGUACACGAGGGGUAACGAAGCCGACUACGAUGAAUGGGAGGAGAUGGGCAAUCCUGGUUGGUGCUACAAAGACGUCUUGCCUUAUUUUAUAAAGACAGAAAAUUCCCACAUCGACGACGGAGACCCAGGGUACCACGGUAAAGGUGGUUUGUUAGAUGUCAACUACACCGAGCCAACUGUAUUUACUUCAGUGUUCUUAAGAGGAAUGGAAGAAUUAGGCUACAAAAUAAUAGACUAUAAUGGAGAAAAUCAAAUAGGCGUUUCGAAAAUGCAAUUUACAAUCAAGUGUAACAAAAUAGCCAGUGGUGGAAGAGCCUUCAUAGAUCCAUUUGUAGACAGAACAAACCUUAACGUUACCAUAAAUGCAUUUGUUACUAGAUUGAUAAUAGAUAAGGAUACAAAAACAGCACUUGGUGUUGAAUUCAUAAAAGAUGGGAGAAAGUAUGAAGCCAGAGCUAAUAAGGAAGUUAUACUUUCUGCUGGUGCUAUAAAUACUCCCCAAAUAUUAAUGAUAUCUGGAAUAGGUCCCCAAGAAGAAUUAACCAGGAUCGGAGUCGAGACCUUAGUGGACCUACCUGUCGGAUUAUACAUGGAGGAUCAUCCCGCGUUCAUUGGUUUAAACAUUAGAACUAAUAUAACUCUAUUUAACGAAACCAUAGAAGUAUUACUUGAAAGGUAUUUGAAUGGCCAGAGACCAUACACAGCAGCAAUCAAUGGAGAAGCCGUAAGUUUCAUUAACGUAAACAAUAAUAAAAGCUCAGUGCCAGAUAUCCAGCAAAUAGUAACCAUACCCCCAGGAUUCACUCCGAAUGGAGCGAGAAUAUUAAACGCGAACGCAAAAGUAAUGGAGCAACUUGAAGUUCUAGCAAAACCUUAUAAUGAUAUAAUCGUGUGGAUCAUACUGCUAAAUCCAAAAUCUAAAGGAAGCGUUAGGCUAAAAUUGAACAAUCCUCUGGACUUUCCCAAUAUCGACUAUAAUUAUUACGCAGUGGAGGAAGAUAAGAACACUAUGCUCAAAGCCAUAAAAGAAUCCCUAAAACUACUAGAAACUCACGCUUUCAAGUCGAUCAACGCUACGUAUGCGUCAAUAUUUAAAGUUUGCACAAAUUAUACCGAGGGUACUGACGUAUAUUGGCAAUGUAUGGUAGAGCAAGUGACCACGACUCUGUAUCAUCCGGUUGGCACUACCAGAAUGGGUAGAUCAAGGAAAAAUUCCGUGGUAAACUCAAAACUGUUCGUGCAUGGUACGAAAAGGUUGAGGGUAGUGGAUGCUGGGGUUAUGCCCAAAAUACCUUCUGGAAAUACCAACGCCCCAACUUUUAUGAUAGCGGAGAAAGCUGCGGAUGAAAUUAAACGCUGCUGGAUUCGAUUUUAUAGUGAGCCAUACCUUUAA